CAAUUCCUCCUUCCGCGUAGAUUCUUAUUAGGACCAAAUCCAUAAUUAUGAUUGUUCUUCCUUCUCCUGAUAUAGUUGACAAAAAGCAGUGGUGGGAUAAAUGGAGAGGCCAUCGGAGGUGAGCGGAGUAGGGAAGCGGGUAGUGGUGAUCGGCGGAGGAGUUGCAGGCUCCCUCAUUGCUAAGUCUCUUCAAUUUCUUGCAGAUGUAACCCUUAUUGAUCCGAAGGAGUAUUUUGAGAUCCCAUGGGCAAGCUUGAGAGCGAUGGUGGAGCCUUCUUUUGCAGCCAGAUCGGUGAUCUACCACAAAGAUUACCUUACAAAUGGACGUCUCCUUGUAUCAAAGGUCAUAAACAUCUCUAAAUCUGAAGUUUUGACUGAAGAGGGUCAUCAGGUUGCCUACGACUACCUUGUCAUUGCCACCGGUCACAAUGAUACCUUCCCUAAAACCAGAACUGAGAGACUAAAAGAGUACUAUGCAGAAAAUGAAAAGAUAGAAGCUGCUAGUUCAGUUUUGAUUGUUGGAGGUGGACCAACUGGUGUUGAACUAUCUGCAGAAAUUGCUGUUGAUUAUCCAGACAAAAGGGUUGUUCUGGUGCACGAUGGUUCUAGGUUGCUGGAAUUCAUUGGACCGAAAGCGGCUGACAAAACUUUAGAAUGGCUAAAGUCGAAAAAUGUGGAGGUGAAAUUGAGACAAUCAGUCGAGUUGAACAAUAGUUCACGAGGAAGCAAGACAUACGUAACGUCAUCUGGAGAAGUGAUCAAAGCAGACUGUCUUUUUAUGUGCACGGGAAAACCGCUGGCUUCAGCAUGGUUAAAGGAAAGCUUUUUGAACAACAGCAUCGAUGAUUUUGGACGGUUAAAGGUCGAUGAGAACCUUAGAGUCAAAGGGUACAAAAACAUAUUCGCCAUAGGAGAUAUCACUGAUGUCAAGGAAAUUAAGCAAGGGUAUCUGGCUCAGAAACAUGCUUUAAUAGCAGCAAAAAACUUGAAACUGUUAAUGGCAAGAGGAAAAGAAAGCAAAAUGGCAGGUCACAAGCCUCGUUCAAUAAAGGUGUUUGUUUCUUUGGGGAGGCACGACGCAGUAGCACAGUUUCCAUUAACAACAAUUAGUGGACUUGUUCCUGGAUUAAUCAAAUCCAAAGAUUUAUUUGUUGGCAAAGUAAGGAAACAGUUAGGCCUGGAUCCCCGCCUCGUGGAUUCUUGACGUUCGUUGGCUCGAAGAUACUGCCAGUUUUUCUAAGAUGCAUUUUUUCCAUAUGUUCGAGAGAACUAAUUCCUUAGUAUUCGUGUAUAACGUGUAAAAUAUUAUGAGUUUCUCGAUUCAUAAUUUCAAAAUCUAAAUUUUUGUAGAGCACCAUGCUCGAUAUUUGUGAUGCUGUUGUCUUUAAACACUGUUUCUUAUUGAUCCUUUUGAAUUCUAUGUU